GGUGAUUGAAGGGAGUUUAUAUUGUAUAUGCUCGCAAGCUCUCCGUGCAUUUUAAGAUCACUUCAACAAAAGUCAUCUCUUAAUCCUGUCAUGUCUCAAGUUUUAAUUGCAGUUUCACUAUGCUGUUUAUACUAUCAAGGUUCUGCUCACCAACUUCAGGAGUAUUCACAUUCUCCAACAUACGACUUUUUACAGUAUAUUGCUAAGACGAUUGAUAAUAAGUUUCAUGGUAAUGUAGUAUCAACUGAAGGCAGAACAGGUGAUUUGGAGACACCAUACCAAUCAACAGAGGACCAUGACAUUGACAAAAGACAAUAUGAGAUGCUGUCUGAUCCAUGUGCUGAGGUCGUAAGACAUGAACGAUUAUUCAACCUCCAGAACAAGAAAGGAGAACCUCGAGAGUUUGCUCCUGAUUUCAGAGUUGAUAUCUACACAUGUCGAAAUUCAGGCUCCACAUGCGCUGGUCUGCAAGCCCCACCUGCUGUGCGGGAAAUCCGGAAGACUGUUUGCAAGGAGCGGAUGGGCUGGAUCCUGGCCCGAGUCUGGAACCCUAAUGACAAGAGCACUGCUUUCACCUAUGAGAUGGUAGGCCCAGUACCACGAGGCUGUUUCUGUGGCAUCAGAAUAGCUUAGAUGAUCAUUGUACCAGAGAUGGACAAACAGAACCAUGGACCACAUAGAGGGUUGUUCUCAGAAAAAUGCCACGAUUACUUGUCCUAUCCAUGUUUUGGCCUGUAACAUUGCAAUCUUGCAUGAUUUCUGUUUGGAUUUUUUUCUAGUAGGAACAUGGGUAUCUGGCCAAGACACCACUACUUGGUGGCUGGUGAUGCUUCAGCUUGAAAAUAUUAUACUAAUAACGAAAGUUCAUUUGUGCAUUGGACAGAAUAUUUCAUGAGGUGAAAGAUGAAAUGAUCCAUUCAACUCGGCUACGCCUCGUU